UACAUACACACAUACAUACCUUACAACUGUUAAUUACAGUCAGCAUCAAGAUGCAGUCAAGCCAACGUUUCUCCUUCUAAAGUCCAAACCUGCCAUCUCUGCUUUUAUCACACUAUACCACGCAGGACAUCAACUUUCAAAUCGGUGCGCCUCUUGUUGUUCCUGCUAGACGCGACGCCGUAAGAAAUGCCGCUUGAGGACACCCUCAGGUAUGAAAUUCAAGUCCAAAGAGAACUGUGUGAACAACUUGAGGUGCAGAAGAAGCUGCAGAUGCGAAUAGAGGCUCAAGGGAGAUAUUUAAAGGAAAUACUAGAGAAAGCUCAAGAAAACAUUUCCUUUGAUGCAAAUGGAUCUGCUGGCCUAGAAAAUGCCAGAUCCCAACUUACAAACUUUAACCUAGACCUUCCGGGCUUGUCGGACAAUGGAACACAUGUGUAUGAAGAAAGCAGUGAACAGUUGGUGAAAGCUAUAUCUGAUGACAAUCUUCAUGAUAAUAAUUUGGAUUUUCAGCUCUAUCGUGUACGAAGUCAGGAGGCGAAGAAUGACAAAUGCACCCCGAAAACUGAGGACCUGCUCUUAUUAGACUUGAAUAUUAAAGAAGGAUAUGACCUGUCUUCGUGAGGAAUGCAAGGGUGAGUUGGAAUCCAAAGAUUAACCAACAGAGGAAAUAGAGAUAUAUUUCAGCAAUCUGACAGUUUUGGGGAGUUUCACUGUUUGCUAUUAGAAUUUGUUUCCCUGUGGCAGUGCUUAGCAUGUUGGGUCACAAGUUUGACUUACUCUGUGAUAAUGUUAAAUUGGUGAAGAAAUUCAUGAACGGUUGAAGCCUGUAAUGUAUGCAUAUGUUAUGUAGAGUGCACAUGGGAGAUGAGAAAGCAUGUAACAAUCAGGUAUCAAGAUAUAUGUAUAUUCUAAAUUGUCCUUUAUGUA